AUGAAGUUCAGCAUCUUCGCCCUCUCGGCCGUCUUGGCUGUCGCUGCUGCCGCCGACAUCACCACCGCUGACACUCCAAUCCCUACUCUUACCGCCGAGGCUGAGUGCGCAAAGAGAUGUGACGUGAAGGAUAUCUGCUGCACAGCCAAGUGCUACAAGGUGCCCUGCCCCAGCGAUGACCAGGCCAAUGACACCAAUGAGUGUGUCGCUGCCUGCCCCCAGGGUACUGGCUCUCCCGCCGAUACCCUGAGGUACACCGACUGUGAGCAGUCCUGCUACAGAUCGCACUUCUGGGGCGGCAACGGUCCCACUGCCACCCGCUCUUCUACCAGCUCAACUGGUACUGGCAACACCGGUGCGCAAACCACCGGGUCGUCAGACAACAACAAGAACUCUUCUGAUAACAAUGACGACGACAACGAUGAUUCUUUCUCUUCCUCGGGAUCUGCUACCACCUCGGGCUUCGCGCAGCAGACUGACAAUGCCGCGGCCAACGUGAAACUUGGUGCCUCCGCUGCUGGUCUCUUCGGCCUGGUUGUUGCCGCCUUUGCUCUGUGA